AUGAGUGCACCGAUCAACACAGAAGAGCCAAGGUUUGCUCAGUUCAAACUGGUCCUCUUAGGAGAAAGUGCAGUUGGAAAAGUAUUGCAUAGGUUCGUGAAGGACUCAUUUGACGACUUCCGUGAAUCCACCAUUGGUGCCGCGUUUCUGACGCAGACCAUUCUGUUGGACCACAAUACCACCGUCAAGUUCGAAAUCUGGGAUACAGCAGGCCAGGAACGUUACAAGUCGCUGGCUCCAAUGUAUUACCGCAAUGCUAACUGUGCACUGGUUGUGUUCGACCUCACUAAGCAAGAGUCGCUGGAGAAGGCUAAAUCAUGGAUAAAGGAAUUGCAGAGACAGGCAAACUCAGACAUCGUGAUUGCCCUCACCGGCAACAAGUUAGACUUGGUUCAAGAAGACGAAGGUGCUAGAGAGGUCAGCGAGGACGAGGCCAGGGCGUAUGCCAACGAGCUGGGAUUACUGUAUUUUGAGGUGAGUGCGAAAACUGGCCAGGAGAUUAAGGAGUCUUUCAAGUCCAUUGCAGAGAAGCUACCGAUCGAAGAGAAAGUCAAUCCCAGGCAGGGCAGAAGGUCUCGGAACGUGGACUUGUCGAGGCCAAACACAAACGACCAACAAGCCUGCGGUUGUUAA